AAAGCAAGCCGCGCGACCAAUGAAAUCGGAGGCCGAGGCGUAGAACGCGGUGCAGCUGCUAAUAUAUUCCUCCCGGAAACAGGAAACGGACUCCUGCGGCAUACGUGACUAUAUUGUUUUGCUAUUGUUGUAGGUGUUCGUGAAUAUGAUUUCAUGGCGUUUAUAGCUUAGGACCUAUGCCACAUACCAAUGAAGACCCAACUGCUCAACAAGCAGGGGUCAUUCUGGAUCCACCACCUCCAUUGCCUCCACCACCACAGAUUCAUCUACUACCACCAACUGUGGCGAAGUGCAAGUUCUUUAAAAAAGUAGCUGAAAACAGUGACCCAUCAACUGGAGGCUGUGAAGAGUUAAAAAAGAUGAUCAAAAAUAGACAGAGCAGAUUUAAUGGGGAGUUAAAAUGGCUGCUUUAUAACCAGUAUGUACCAUCCUUGAUACAAGAAGGACCUCAGUGUGGGCUGGUGGCUCUGUGGAUGGCAGGGAAAUUACUGAACCUGGCACAUGAAGCACCACUGCAAACCAUUGUAGAGGCUGCUGUUUCUAGAGGGUACACAGCUCAGGGGGAGAUGUUUUCAGCUGCCAACAUGGCUGUCCUGGCAAAGGAAGUGUUUGGCUGUCGGUCUGAGCUACUUACAGGUGGAAUGGAUGGAGAGAAUAAAGGCAAAAUUUUGCAGCAGCUGACUUCAGGGUUGCCUGUGCUCAUCCCAUAUGAUGAAGACUUUAACCAUGAGCCAUGCCAGAGGGAGGGUCACCGGGCUCACUGGGCAGUUAUCUCAGGUGUUUUAUUUGGGGUAAGGUGUGGUUCCUUCAGUCCUGACCCUGAUAUCCCUGGUCUGUGUUACCCUUCUUCUGAUUCUCCUUCCCUAGAGGACCUUAACAUUCAGGAAAUAUAUCUUGUGGCCAAGCAAGGAAAAAGUCUGCGAUACCAACUGUGGGAGUAUGACUGUAUCAGCAGGAGCAAUGGGCAGCUCAUACAUUUAGACCCCAAGAGAUCAAAUGAUGGCAACGUAUACAUAGUUCCGUCAGGUGGUGUAAAAGCUGGGCUCUGCGGGCAGAUUGUCCUCUUUCAACCUAAAGAUGUUUAACAUGGUAUCCAUCCUCACGGUUUCCCUCCACCCAGGGUGAACGAUGGUUUAACAUCUGUGUACAAGGGAGUCGAACAGUCUUCCCAAAGUCAAUCAUCCACACCUUUGCUUGCUCUGAGGAAUCAUGGACAAACAGAAGGGAGCUUCCAACAACCUGUAGAAGUUAUGCAUGUGAUGAGUACAAUCUCUGCCAGAAUUAACAAUAGCAGUCUUGAAGAAAUAAGCAAGAGCAAUAAGUUGUAAUGCUUGUGUCAGGUGCCACCACUUGUGCCAGAGUAUUUGUACGAGAUACAUGUAAAGGGUGCUGCCCUGGGCACAGCUGAACUACCUGGCUGAUGUAUGUUCAGUACAGUAGCAGGCUGAGGGGAGGAAAACAAUUAAAAAAGAUUAAAAAAAAGACAUCUUUUUUAUAUUUUGGUGGGAUGUUCUUCUUUUAGGCGUGUUCCCUGGGAUUAUUUGAAGUGAAUUUAUCAAAUGGUGAAAUAUAACUUUCAAACAUUGAUAAACACACUUCUGAAAAAUCCCAUACAACUGAAUGAAUAGUAAGUGGGUAAGUUUCUCUUUGGUGAGCUCUAACACUUUGAUAAAUCUGCCCCAAGGAGUAAGAGUGUGACCAAUAAGCAUAACACAAACAGGUCCCACAGAGUGGCAUAAAAAUACAGUGAAAGCAGAUGUGUAUGUAACAAUAAAGCAUAUUAUAUUUUUCAAGACA